CUCUCAGGGAGACGGAGAGACAGGGAUGGAAACAUCAAAGUCUUUGCUCUCUGAUUUUUGAGAGGAACUGAUGUACAUUUUUCCCCAGUAGUGGGACAUGUAGUCAGGACUGUUUAAUGGAAAUAUCUGAGCCAGAGCUACCCAUCCUCAGGGAACAGAAAUGGUGCACAAACUUCUGCUGCCCAUUGCUUUAGCAGCAAACCUCAUCCCACCUGGAAUGUCAGGGGCCUCGGCUACCAAAACAAAAACUCAAGUGCAGAACAACUCAGGUGUGACACCAGCUGGCGAGUGUGGGACCUGGGUAAAGGAAUCUGAUGGAGGGUACUUCACCUCACCCAACUACCCUGAGAAAUACCCUCCCGAGAGGGAGUGUGUCUACAUUAUAGAAGCCUCUCCCAGACAGUGCAUCGACUUAUUCUUCGAUGACAAGUACUCAAUAGAGCCAUCCUGGGAGUGCAAGUUCGACCACAUCGAGGUCCGCGACGGGCCCUUUGGUUUCUCGCCUCUCAUCGGUCGCUACUGUGGGCAGGAAAGCCCUGCAUAUGUCCGCUCCAGUGGGAGGUACCUGUACAUCAAGUUUGUGGCUGAUGGUGAACUGGAGGCCAUUGGUUUCUCUGCCCGGUAUAACUUCACGCAAGGUUAA